GAUACAGAUUUGAAAGAGUAGGUGACGGUAGAAUUGAUACGCGAUCCUGAUUUUGUGAAAAAUAUUUGUUGGAGGUCAGCUGUCAGAGUUACAUGUGCUGAACAAUAUUUAAUUCACCGCCCAUUUGAUUUAAUAGUUUGUACAGUUUUUACACAAGUUCUAACUUUUCUAGAAACAAUUUCGUUUACAAUUUCAAUUAUUUUUUUUUCGUUUUCAUAUUUUUCAAGCAAGUUUUUUUCUAAGAUUUAUUAUACAAUUUACGUUUGUCAAUUGUGUUCGAAUAAUAUUUGUUUCCUUCGAAUCGAAAAGUUGCUGUGUUAAGAAUUUAUUUGUUUAGCGUAACGUUUUUCUUGUGCCACAUUAAAAAUGUCCGUGAUUUCAUCUGCCACGUCACUAACAUCAUCGGCCAAUUCCGAUCAAGAACCGAUUGAAAUUACGACCCCAAGAUCGACAGGAACAUUUGCUCGGAAUAUCGCCAAAAAAUUCAAACCAACCGCACAUUGUUGUCAUAUCUGCCGGUGUAACUUUAAAUUAGCCGAUGAUCGUAAUAAUCAUUUCAAAGUUCAUCGAUCCAAAAUUAUACUUCGAAUGUCGCAUUUCACUGAGAGUGCUUAUACAAAAGCACUAUCCAUCCAUUGCAAGCUGGCUACACCAAACGACGAGUCAUCGGACUUGAUGGUCGCUAUAACAAACACUUCCCAGCAGACAGACUUGAAAAUUGGUCAUAUUUAUUUCUCCACUGGCAGUUUUGUUAACUACUGGAAAAACGAUAUUUUACCGUUCGUGUUGCCUAGAGAUAACAUUAUCUGCAUUGAAGUUCCCGAAUCAUUCAUCCAUCAAAUUGAACUGAACAACAUGAUAAUCAUUUAUCAAUCUGAUGGUCUAGAAUUUGUUGAAAUACACAGUUUUAAGGUGCUCACCGAUAAACCAACUAUUUGUCGCAUUUACGAGCACAAUGAACCAAUGUUUAUACCGAAGGAGCCAAAGGUGCCAGAAGGAACUUUGAAAAUGUUUUUGUAUCCAAUCCAAAACUAUUUUGUGCCCAAAAAUAUUAAAGAGUUGGUCAAAAAACGGUUCAAGUGUACGGUAGAGAUGUCCGAUGAUGAGCGAAUAUUAUAUCAACAAUUGCGUGAGUUGAAACACAUCGAGGAUGCGCUCCGAUUAAAUCCAGCGAAUUAUGCGGAUGUGUUAUCACUCCUGAUAUACAUUGAGGAUUUUACGGCACAAAAAGAGAUGUACAAGUAUGAUCUCUUCGUUAAAAAUAUAUAUGAGGCAAUCCAUGCGGUUGGUGGCAAUAUUUUUAAAUACAAGGUCUACAAUUUGGCCAAAAAAUUGCCAUUUUUGAUGGAAAACGAUCGAAUUUGGAUAAGCCCAUGCAAAUUCAAGUCAAAAGCUGAACGUGUCUAUGGGAAUGUAAUCGCUGUACACUCGGACGCAUUCUAUUUUCGAUUGGAACGCAAUGAUUACUUUUUCAAGUUUGGCAAUUCGAAACUCACAUUUCGACUCCAUUUCCUUGCGAAUCGUUUGACUUAUCAAAUGGAACAACAUGCCGUCGAACGAGUAAAAGUCAACAAUCUGAGCGACUUCAUGUUCCCAUCUUCACCACAACUGUUGCAGCUCGGGAGCCAAAACUCUUUGGUCUAUUUCAACAACGACAUUCGUAGUAAUAUGGAGCAAAUGCAAGCAGUCGAAAAUAUAACACAUGGUACCGCCUAUCCUGCACCGUAUUUAAUCUUUGGACCACCCGGUACUGGCAAAACGAAAACCAUUGUGGAGGCCAUUCUACAAAUCUGGAAGACUCAACCUAACAGCCGAAUUUUAGUGUGCGCUUCCUCGAAUUCAGCUUGUGAUGAAAUCGCACAGCGUCUUUUGAAGUUCAUUCCUAGUCAGGACAGAGACGUCGAUGCAUUCAAUUUAUUUCGACUGUAUGCGACGUCACUCAACAAGGACAGUCCCGAUCAAUCGAUUCUGGAUACAUCGAAUUUCUUUGACAGAUUUUACCCACCCUUGCCAACAUUAUAUCAAUAUCGGAUCGUAGUUGGUACACUCGGUGUUGCUGGCAGAUUAACUCAAGCUCGAAUUAGCACGAAUCACUUUACACAUUUGUUCAUCGAUGAGUGCGGAUCGGCAACAGAAACGGCCUCGUUGAUUCCGAUUGCCGGUAUUUGCAGUUCGAUGGGACAACUCAAUGCACACAUAAUUAUGUCUGGCGAUCCAAUGCAGUUAGGCCCAGUAUUGUCAUCAAAAACAGCCGAAACGUUAGGACUCGGUCGAUCGAUGAUUGAACGACUGAUGGAUAUGGAUAUAUACAAGAGAGACCCGGUAACGAACAGAUACAAUCCGAAGGUGCUAACGAAAUUGAUUCAAAAUUAUCGAUCACAUCCGUCUAUCAUUCAAAUCUCGAACCAAAUGUUUUACGAUAACGAAUUGAUCCCAUGCGCGAAAAAAGAAAUAACGGAUGUAUGUCUGAACUGGAAACUGUUGCCAGCGAACAAUUUUCCGAUGAUUUUUGAGGUUGCUGCUGGCGAAGCUGAACAAGAAACUAAUUGUACAAGCUGGUACAACAAAGUUGAACAGAGUCGCGUCAUGUUCUAUUUAGACGAACUGCUUAAUAAUGGAGUAAAUGGACUAAAGUUCAGCCAGGCCGAUGUUGGUGUCAUUUCGCCAUACAAGAAGCAGUGUACACAGAUCGAAGACGCUUGUCGUCGGAAAGGUUGGCGCGAUAUUAUGAUUUCGUCAGUUGAACAAUUUCAAGGAAAAGAGAAGAAAAUCAUUAUUGUCUCGACGGUACGAUCGCAGUCGGACAAUAUUGGAUUUUUGAAUAAUUUUCGGCGACUGAAUGUGUUAUUGAGUAGAGCUCAGGCAUUACUGAUUAUCAUCGGCGAUGCGCAAACAUUACGAACGGAUGCAAAUUGGAGCAAGGUCAUCGAAAUAUUCGAACAAAAUAACGCAAUUAUUUCAUGUAACGGCAAGUCCUCACAACAGCGAACCGAUUAUAUUUAUCAGCAACGCAAUAUGCAGUGAUUGUUUUUUGAGUGUUUAGCUUCGAUUCCAA